AUGAGAAAACAUUGGGAAGACUUAAUAAAUAUCACCAACGAUAUCAAGAUAUACCUCAAUCUCUUAGUCCCCAAAAUCGAGGACGGUGAUACCUUUGGAGUUCAAGUUCAAGAAGAAUGUUUAGCCGAGCUUGGACGGGCACAAGACAGUGGUUACAACUUACUAGACUCGCAGUUCAAGCAUCAUGCCGCUCGUGCAAAGCUAGCUUCUAAAUUAGUUAAAUACCCUAACAUCGAAGAUUAUCAAUUGGCGCUUAAAGAGCAUGAUAGAAAAGCUUCUUACCUUAUCCAACAACAUGCCAUAGAUCUUCGAAAUAUUUAUACCUGUCUUACUGACCUCUUACACAAAAAUAUUGUUAAACUUACUAAACCGAAAGGUGCCAAUUCCGAAGCAAUGUGA